UUUUCCCAUAAUAAAUAUGGCACAUAAGGUGCACCCAAAAUUUUCAAUGAACCCACAAGCCCCAGAUAAACCAGAAAAAAAUAUCCAACAGCAAAGCAAGCCAGCAGAAAGCUUCAGAGUCAGCAGUUCAAGGACACUACCACCUGCGAAAUAAUAUAGUCCCAAAAUAUCACAAUGGUUCGGAGAAGGGUACUGACGAAUUCGGCCAAGCAGGCUUCGAUGAACGCCUAUCAGCAGUUGUGGCAUCAGCAGCCGUUUGCCCGAGGACCUUUGGUUGCCUCGAUGCCGGAAUAUUGGCACUCCGUGUGCAACAAAAUGGGUGGCGCCAUGCCCCGCAUGGCGGUAAUUGCUCCGCCGGAAGUGAGCAGCCGGAAAUUGAGUCGUCUUCGUCGUCAGCUGAUGAAAGCGCCCAGUGAAACCGUUCCGAUGCACAGCUUCAUCCCCAAUUAUGGUCUACAGCAGCAUCCGCAAGUGCAAUUUCAAAGAGGUUAUCAGAACGCAGGAAAUAUAUCCUCUCCGAGUCAAAGGCCUUCUAAGGCGACCCUUCUGAAACCAGGAUGCAUAUUGGCCGCCUGUCAGAACCAGUCCUACAGAAAUUUAGCUGCAGCAGUAGGUGUUGCACCCACGACACCGCAGCAUCAGCAUUUUAAUCAGGGAAGUUUAUUCGACUAUCCUCCAAUGCAAUGGCAACAGCAGCAAUAUCAAGUGCAGCAGCAACACAAGCAAUUCCUACUAGAACAACAACAGAUGGCAGUACCUGCUGGUAUUUUAAAGAAGUCUUCUCGAAUUGGAGUUGGAAGUGAUAAUCAGACCUCAACUCCCCCUAAAACGAAAAGAGUGACCAUCAAAAGCACAGCCGCCCCCCGUUCCAGAUACCAAGAACCUAUCGUGGAACAAAUAAAACUCAAGCCUGAUAUUCCACCCAAGCCAAGUAAAAGAGUCAAGCAAAAUACACUGAAGAAAGAACGACAGCAACUGCAGCAAUUGCAACUACAACAUGAGCUUCUGAAACAGCAUCAGUCAAUGCAAAAUCAGAAAGAUCAAGUUAAGCUCCAGUGUAAAGCGAAUCUGCAUCAAAAACAGCUCUUGCAACACCAACUCGAUUUAAGAAAGCAACAUCAGAAAAGCCUGCAACAACUAGAUCCUACUAAGAGCUUUAAUUUCGGAAAAUUCGUAAACCACUUUAUAGAAGGCUGCAGCAGGGACUCUGAUACAGAAACGUCCAUGUAUUCGGCUGCGAAUUCAGAAAUAAAAUCUGUAAGUAAGCAAAGCAGGCCACAAAUCCCUAAGCAAUUUAAGAGUUCCAAGUCAAAGAGCUUCGCCUAUGAAGAAACCAAACAGGAGAAUAACAAAGACCUCCAAGCCAAGCUUGAAAAAUCGGAGGUACCCAACAGGAAGGGCAAGACGUCUUCGAGUCGCUUCCUUGAUCGUCAACCCAGAACACAUGAGUCGGGAAACGAUAGCAGCACGAUAACCCUAACCACCGAGCAAAAUCAGUCGAAAACUAAUUGUCAUAGUUGCACAUCUUUGACUGACAAGGCCACAAACACCAAGUUAGACCCUCUCAAUGAUAUUUUAAAACGUGGACCUCAGAAAGCUAUAUCGACCACUUCAGCAACUAGUAAGGGAUCUAGAAAACUAAACAUCAAUGAGCUGUUGAGAAAUGAAAAAGUCAAGGGACUGGACGGCAAUCCCAUGUGGCACUCGCUCAUGCAACUGGUGGCCCACAUGUGUGAGGCCAAGGAAAACGAGAAGGACGAUAAGGAGCAGAAGAGUCGGUUGAGGGCAGGAUCCGGUGCUGAUGGUCUUCAGAAACAGUAUUCCGUGUACUUGAUGGUAACCUCCGAUGAGGAGGACGAAGACAGAAGUUCCGUGAAACCGAAAGUUGAGCAGUCAAGAAGUGAUCCAAAAUUGGCGAGCAAAAAAGGGAUUCAUGGAGAAGAUGAGUACGCCAAGCGAUGUGGCAAUGUCUAUCAGGAAGAGCAUCCCAAGCAAGGUCGCCGUAGACGUUCGAGGAAGAGGUUGAAUCCUCGCCUGCGAGAACUUUCCAUUCCGUACCCCUUUACGCAGACUCAGCUCCCGAUGAGAAGACCCCUCCACUGGCCCAAGCCUGAUUACUCCAAGCCACAAGGUCGUUCGAAACGUGCCCGGAACCCAUCUCGGGUUCGCUCCCGUUCCUCGACGAAACAGGCUGUAAAGUUGCGAAGCCAGAGGUCCAUAAGCUCAGCCCUCGACGAGAAUCGCAGCUGGCGAUUAGGAACUAAACUUAAGGAGAGUGUUUCCUUCACUGGUUGUGGAUCUCAUUUUGUGGGCUUGACAUUCAUUCCGGAAAGGAGAAGGAGGGUUUCCGGCGGGGAUUGCGAUUACAAUAUUCUGCGAAAUCCGUUAGUCGUGCGGAGUGGUGAGAUUCCAGAUCAGGGAGAGUGCGAUCCCAGCUGUCCAUAUCGGGGAAACAAUCAGGGGCAGAACAAUUACCAACAGGCCCCCGAACCAUAUUAUAACCAGAAUUAUGAUCGUUCUGCACCCGCCCAGAAUCAGACCGGAUAUUAUGACAACAGUCAACCUCAGCAAAUCUAUGCAUCGCCAGGCAAUAAUUGUUAUGUGCCACCGGGUAGAACCCAACCUCAACCCAAGGACCGCGGUGGAAAGGACUGUGGUUGCGAUCCACCUUCUGGCAGAAGAGCUUACAGGACACCCUCAUCUCACUACAUGGAAUACAGGGAGUUCCAGCAGAGUCCCAAGAAAAAUCCUGUCUUAGAAAAACCACAAUAUAGUGAAUAUCCCGCGGAAUCGCAGAGGUCCAAUCGGUUGCAAAGAAACGAUUCCGAAUGCAGUUGUGAGCGCAGAUCUUCGCCCGAAAGACGCCAGGUCCAGAGGACAAGUCAGUUACAAAAAAAGGUUUCUGAAUGUAGCUGUGAAUCUGAAUCAUUGGAGGAGAAACAGCCGGUCCAGAGGAGUAAUCGGAUGCAGAGAAAGUAUUCUGAAUGCAGCUGUGCGACUGGAUCUCCUCCAAGAAGGCAGCAAGUCCAGAGAAGGAGCCCACCACCCGCCAGUUAUUACCAGAGGAAACCCACUCAGGCGGCCCAAGCUUGUUCUGUUCGUUGUCAUGCUCGUUCCCACGUUCAGGGAUCUCCUCCGCCUCCCGCCCCCAAGAGGAAAUGUCCAGCCGCCACGCCACCACCCACUUGUAGAAAACCCGCGCCCAAGACUAGAUCAGCCACUUCAUCAAGAAAUCGAAGGAAGUGUACUGUCUGCAAUCGCUGUUCCGAUGAAGAGAGCAGUGAACCCAUCGAUUAUGUGGAGGGCAGUCGAUCCCGCACUGAGGUCCUUAGGAAUCCUUUGGUCCAAUCACGGUCCAGUUACGAGUGCAACAAUGAUCAGCCCCACGAGAGCUACAGUGAAGAGUAUCCAGUGCAGCGGAGAACACGAUCUGCAAGCUACCGAAAACCAACCCCUGAGGGUCGAUGUUGUUCCCGGAAAGGACCACCACUCUGCUCCAACGAAACCCUGAUGGAAAAACCAGUACAGAGCUAUCGCUUCAGUUGCCCAGAGAAUGGGAAAUGUACGUCAUGCCGAAAACUUUGCCCGAAAUGCCACAAGGUGAUGCCCCAAAAACAGAGAAGUGCGUCAGCCAAGAGAUAUGUCUCAUCGGUGGCACAGAAGUGCUGCCCUAUGUGCGGAUUACUACCCAUGAUGCCAAAUAUUUCCAUUCCGGACAUUGCCAGUAGCAACCGCAUUAUCUACAAGACCCUGGGGCGAUGUCGGCCCAGGAAAGUGCCUAAGACUAGAUACGAGCUGACCAUUUGCUGCAAGAAGCGUUGCCAGGGAGGCCGGAACUCGCACUACAUGACUGGCACUAUUGCCACGAGUCUCAAAAGAAGGGCUAAGGCGGUGAUGAUGGGAGGAAACCCGGUGGCGCCUUCACGGACGUCGAGCCACAGACAAGGUAUCAGGCAAUCUUUUACUCCAGCUCAAAAUGUGCCCAGUCACUCGCAGUCAACGGGACAUAAAAGGAGCCAGAGCAGAGCAGCCAUUUCCUAUUCCGACCAAGAUCGGUCUAUUCCAUCCACUUCUGGUCAGCAGCGUGAAAGAUCGGCUGCUCCACAGCAGUUUAAAAUGCGAUCUCCUUCCGCAAACUUGGUGCAAAAGUCUGAAAGAAGGGAGAGCGAAAGAGAGGCAAUUCCUUCGCAGCAAAGAACUAGGGCUGCAUCGCCAGUCGUAGAGAUCCACAGUUCCUCACGACAUCAUGAGACCUAUAGGGAUUCUUCCCGUCCUAAGGAUCAUCUACAUUCCUAUAGAUCUCAACCGGAACCAGCUCCAUCCUACCGAACUGAGCAUGAACCAGCACCAUCGAACAGGUCUAGGCCUGAUCCCCCAGACAUACCAGCAGCUUAUUCAGCCCCCGCCUCAAUGGAACCGGAGGUAUCGGAACCCAAUCGGCGGGGAGCUUCCUACUUGGGCACCGAAUUGAAUCCUUUUUACAGAGGAAGCUUCCUCAAAGUGCGUUACCCGAGGGACUCGUCUGAGAAUCGCUUGAACCCCAUUCACCAAAGAGGGGAGAAGGUCCAGAGCAUGCCCAAAGCGCGAAAAUCUCCGGGAAUGGGCCUACCCAUGAAGUAUACUAGAUUAAGUCAACUACAAGCUUGGGUGUUUGGGGACCCCUUCGUGAAGGCUAGUGACAAUUUGGGAACCUGGAGCUGGCGCCAGAUUUUCGGGCGCAGCAAGAAGCGUGCGGCCUCCAAGAAUAAACCAGCCAAGCCAGUAGAAGCAAACGUAUAGGCCACGAGGCAGAAAAGAAAUGGUGCGGGUCGCGAGAGCCAAACCGAUCUAUCGCAAGAUAGUCACACCGAUGUGUGCCCCAAGGCACGUCCUGUCUCCCAAGGACCGUGUCCUGGCAGCCAGAAUGCACCAGAGAACAUGUACGUCCUGAAGAACUGCGAUCGAUGUCAGGACUACACGGUGCAGCCGUGCAGCAAGGGUUGCAGGUGCGCAAAGAGGGGAACUCAUUGCACCGGAGAGUGCCAUGUUUCGGAUCGGGAAAAGUCGCAGUUGCAGUCCCAGGAGAGCUUCCCAGAAGCGGUGAACUCGAGGACCAAGAUGACAGAAUCGUCGAAAUCUUCACUUGACCCAGCCGCGUAUCGUCGGAUGGGCGGCAACUGUCCCAUUUGCCAGCUUUGCGGACACGAAGAGAUCCGCCAGCCAGGUCAGAGUAUGUGUUGCACUUGCAACGAAAAGAUCCAGGCGGCCGUGGAUAACUACUAUGUUCAGUGCCAAGGACAAUGUCAGCCGACAGGACAGCCAUGUCCGCAUCGACAGGAUCAGGGGCAGGCACAACAGCACCCGUCUCAGUCAACUGGACAAUGGCAACAGUUAAACGGAUCUCCCUUUGGCGCCCAGCAGCAGGGUGAACAGCCCUUCAAUAUCAUUGUCCUCCAGGAUUGCGACAAUCAUGCCUUGAUCGACCAGUUGACAGCUGCCAUAAAUCGAGGUGGAGGUCAAGCGCAUACGCCAUUGCAAAACAACAACUACCCGAACCUCUAUCCCAACCAACCGAACAACUUUCAGAACAAUCCACUGACUGGCUAUAUAGACUACGAUUACCUGGACCUUAAUCGCAAGGGGUACGGCUACGAGCCCGAAAGGGAGGACAGAUACGACUAUGGCUACGACAUGGGUCCUUGGCCAAUGGAUCCCUACUAUCCAAGGGAUGGAUUCGAAGAAGACGGUUACCGUUCCAUCUCGUGCAACAGUUACGACUGCCCCGCUAAAAAUGAUCAGAAUCCAAAGCAAGAUUCUUGGGACAGUAAUCAGACCUAUAAAGAAAGUCAAGCGCCCGACAAUGGCCAAGCCAAUAAUGGUGCCUGCGACUGCAACUGCAAAGAUUUCGGGACCAAGGAUAUGCUGGCCUCGCUUAUUGCCAAGGCGCUGGAGAUCUUUAUCAGUAGUAAUCAGUGCAAGAACGAUGAGGUCAAGGAUCAGGAGCAGAACCAAAAGAGCGGAAAGGUCAAGAGUCCAGAGAAAAAGGCCAAAAAAACCAAGAAACGCGGUAAAAGGAGUAAGAGUGUAGAGCCCGCCUUAAGUUCCUCAACGAAGAACGCCACAAAUGUUAAAGGGGAAAACCCUUUAGGAACCGCAAGAAGCAGCAAAGCGAAACUUAGUGCAAUAUCCACGCCCUUUUCGAAGGUGAACUCCCUAGACAGUGCUCUCCAGAAGGUCAUCAAGAACCCCAUCUCCAAGAGUUCCUCGCUCUACAUGGUCUCCAACGCCGACACAGUCAGUGUGGGAUCCCGCAACAAGGAUCGCAAUGAGAAGCCCCCGUUCUUUCUGCCCGACUGCGAUGAACAUCGCUGCAAGAACGACUGCAAGGGCAUUUGCUCGCGGAAGCCGUAUGAUUGCAGCAGGGGCUGCAAGUCCGUCUGCCAAGGACCCUGCUCCAAGUCGGGGGGUGGCGAUGGACGAAGUCGCAGCAGGGCAUCCAAAAACAAGCAGACCCAACAGCGGUACGCCCGCUGCCAUCAGUGCAACCAGGGUGAAGGUCGCCAGUGGCAGGAAGUGGGCGGAACCACGGACUGUCCCGACGGCUCAAAUUCCGGGGGCGCCAAAGCUCCACCUGGAUGUGCCGGUUGUGGGGGCGGCCAGGAUCGAAGCAAGGGCGGCGGCAAGGAUCGAAACCCAGCCGCCGGCAAGAACACCCUUUUGGGGCUCAGUCCCAUUGCCCACUAUCGACCCGGAAUGCUGCAGUUUCCCGUGAAUUACCUCCUGGCGGGAACGAAUUUCCGACGCAGCCUCGUUCGCACUGCAGCCGGGGUGACGCUGCACCAGAAGCCCUACGUGGACAUGGCCGAUGCCAAGGACCUACCCAACUUCCCCUGCCGCAAGAAAGGUGGCGGUGCAGACUUUGAAACGCCCGCCAAGAAGUGGCUCUGAGCUCCGGAACGCGUCUCCGAAAGUUAUGCAUUGUAGAGUAUCGAAGGCCCUGAGGGCUUCCUUCGAUCCAUAUAGUGCAUAAGUUUGCAAAGGCGCUCAGUGGUUUAUAGUUUUAGUUCUCCAAAUUCUCAAGUACUACCACUAUUUAUGCAGUAUUUAUCACGUGCAAUAAACCAGUAAACAAUCAACCCCAAAA